AUUUAUACCCGCGGAACGCAAGGUCGCGCUUUAGACAGACACGUGUGCUUGUAGUUGGUACCACGGAGCCGAGGCCGGCCCUCCACUCGCUGAACAGAUGAAAAAAAGGGAGAUUGUUUCCCAGUAAUAACGAUCAAGCAACACAAUUCGUUAUCGGAGUUAAUUUCCGGCGCUAAAUUCAGCGAUCUGUGUCGGACCGCGGCGGUGAACCCCGCACAAGUUAGCCGUAACGGUACUGUCUCACAUUGGGACGCGUUCCUUCUCCGCACUCCUCUCCGUAAAAUAUCAAGUUUUCACCGUAAUUCCUGCGCAAUGGCGGACUACCUGAUUAGCGGACAGACCGGCUACGUUCCUGAAGAUGGUCUGACCGGACAGCAGCUCUUCGGUUCUGGUGAUGGCCUCACUUACAAAUGAAAGAAUUGGAGGUGAUGCUUCUUACAAAUCUUCCGGCCACCUGGGAAGACGAGAGUCUCGCUGCCUUCCAUCUGAAAAGCUGUAAAAGAGCAAAAAGAGUGUUGUGACUUCCUGAUUCUUCCAGGGUAUAUUGAUUUCACAUCUGAUCAAGUGGACUUGACAUCAGCCCUGACCAAACAGAUCACCCUGAAGACGCCGCUGGUGUCCUCUCCCAUGGACACAGUCACGGAGUCGGGGAUGGCCAUCGCUAUGGCUCUCACCGGAGGGAUCGGCUUCAUCCAUCACAACUGCACACCAGAAUUCCAGGCCAACGAAGUGAGAAAGGUCAAGAGAUACGAGCAGGGUUUCAUUACAGAUCCUGUGGUGAUGAGCCCCAGAGAGCGCGUGAAAGACGUCUUUCAGGCAAAAGCACGUCACGGCUUCUGUGGUAUUCCCAUCACAGAUAACGGACAGAUGGGCGGCUGCCUCGUAGGCAUCAUCUCAUCUCGAGACAUCGACUUCCUGAAAGAGGAGGAGCAUAACCUUCCGCUCAGUGAGGUGAUGACGAAGCUGGAGGACCUUGUAGUGGCUCCUGCUGGUGUGACGCUGAAGGAAGCUAACGAGAUCCUUCAGAGGAGUAAAAAAGGUAAACUGCCCAUCGUGAACGAGGAGGGCUGUUUGGUGGCCAUCAUCGCUCGCACAGACCUGAAGAAGAACCGAGAUUUCCCGCUGGCCUCCAAAGACUCGCUCAAGCAGCUUCUGUGUGGUGCUGCCAUAGGAACACACAACGACGAUAAAUAUAGACUCGACCUGCUCGUGCAAGCUGGAGUGGACGUGGUCAUACUGGACUCUUCCCAAGGAAACUCCAUUUUCCAGAUCAACAUGAUCAAGUACAUCAAGGAGAAAUACCCCAACCUGCAGGUUAUAGGAGGCAACGUGGUAACAGCAGCUCAGACGAAGAAUCUGAUCGAUGCCGGCGUGGACGCUCUGAGAGUGGGCAUGGGCAGUGGCUCCAUCUGCAUCACACAGGAAGCUCCUCUUACUAUUCCUCCUGAUAUAAAGCUCCACAGCCCCAAAGCCUCAGCCACUGUAACGGGAUAUUGCAUGCUGGCGUGUGGCAGGCCGCAGGCUACGGCCGUGUAUAAGGUGUCGGAGUACGCGAGGCGCUUCGGCGUGCCAGUCAUCGCAGACGGGGGCAUUCAGAACGUCGGCCACAUCGCCAAGGCCCUGGCACUGGGGGCAUCCACAGUGAUGAUGGGCUCGUUGAUGGCAGCGACCAGCGAAGCCCCGGGCGAGUAUUUCUUCUCAGAUGGCAUCAGACUGAAGAAGUACAGAGGAAUGGGUUCACUCGAUGCCAUGGACAAGAACCUGGGCUCCCAGACCAGAUACUUCAGCGAGUGUGAUAAGAUUAAAGUAGCCCAGGGCGUGUCAGGCGCCGUACAGGACAAAGGCUCCGUCCAUAAGUUUGUCCCCUACCUCCAUGCUGGAAUCCAGCACUCCUGCCAGGACAUAGGAGCUAAGAGCCUUACACAACUUAGGGCGAUGAUGUAUUCUGGUGAUCUGAAAUUUGAGAAAAGAACCGUAUCUGCUCAGGUGGAGGGAGGAGUGCACGGUCUACACAGCUACGAGAAACGCCUGUUCUAAUGAAGACGACUAUUGCCAAGAACACACACAGUACAUUAACACACACACACACACACACACACACACAGAGUCAUACAGUCAUUUUAUUGUAUAGACACACUACUAAAUCUGAUGAGUGCACAGAUGACCACCUUACAUAUGCGUCUGUGCACAGAGCGAUGCAUCCAUGCCCGUGUCUAAACUCACGCUUCCCUUUUCUUUGUUUUCUAAACCUUUGUUGAGCAAACAAACUCUGCAUAUGUCUCUACGUGUUAAAAUUUAAGGACAUACUUUUCUGUAUAUUGAAACAAAAAAAUGCAAGAAUAUUGUAAUUCACUAAUGUUCAGAGGUAUUCAUUAAUUUCAAAUACAUUUUUCCAGUAAAACAA